UCCAUAUAGAGACUUAAGCCCCAAGAUUCUAAGCUUUGGUCCCUAGGGUUUUCUUCUUUUUAUUUGAAAAGGGGAUGGAUUUUAUGUGGGGUUGUGGGUUAAUUCUAUAUUUUUUUAUGGUUUUGGAGGGUUUAGUGGUUAAUGGGCAGAGCGUGAAUUUUUUUAUUUUUGGGGACUCACUUGUUGAUGCUGGUACCAACAAUUACAUAAAUACAAGCAAGAAUCACCAAGCUAAUUUCCUCCCUUAUGGUGAAAAUUCCUUCUUUGCAAAGCCCACAGGCCGUUUCUCGGAUGGGAGAAUUUCACCAGAUUUCAUAGCCAAACUGGCGAACUUGCCUCUUAUCCCACCAUACUUAGAACCAGGAGCUAAUCAUUCUUUUGGAGCCAACUUUGCCUCAGCUGGAGCUGGAGCUCUUCAGACCACAAACCAAGGGCAGGUUGUGGAUAUGGAUACGCAGAUUGAGCAAUACAUCAAUCUCACUGGGAGGUUAAGAAGAAAUUUGGGGGAUUCAAAAGCGAACCAAGUCCUCUCAAAUGCUGUUUAUUACAUAAGCGCUGGUCUCAAUGAUUACAAGGUGUUUGUCAUGGACUAUGAAGCCCAAUUAUCCCAUUGCAAAGAGGAAUAUGUCAGAAUUGUGACAAGCAAUUUGAUAAGACAAAUUCUAGAACUUUAUAAACGUGGGGCAAGAAAAUUUGUAUUUCCAUCUCUGAAGCCUCUAGGCUGUACACCAGGCAUGCGAUCACACACCGGUGGCAGGUGUUUGGCAGCUGCCUCUCAUUUUGUGGUUUAUCACAAUAAUGCUCUCGAGGACCUCUUAAUCAGCUUAGCUAACACAUUAUCGGCCUUCCAGUACAUCUUCUUUGAUCAUCACGAGUUUCUGAAUCCUAUGAUGCAAAAGCCAGAUAUGCAUGGGUUCGAUAGUGGCGACGAUGCUUGUUGUGGAAGCGGGCAAAAUCAAGGGGAAUACACAUGUGGUGGAAAGAGUAAUGCUACCACUUAUGAGCUUUGCCAAGAUGCAUCUACAUUUGUCUGGUUUGACUCCUUCCAUUAUACAGAACGCAUACACAGGCUUGCGGCCUACAGUAUGUGGGAUGGGAAUGUGAGUUAUGUUAGGCCUCAAGCUCUCAAGAAUUUCUUCAACAUGGCCACUGGAAAGGUUCCAAAAGUGCAUCUUGGAAGAAAAGGGAUAAUGAGUAUUGCCUUAUCCGAAAUCGGAAGUAGGAUGGCUUCUUAAAAGAGUCAGAUGGCAAGAGAGAGAGGAACCUGACGCCUGAGGUUGAUUCCUGGUGUUUAAGUUUAAAUAAUCUUUGUGGGCUUUCUUAUUUUAUCUUCAUGGAUUUUUCUUGUUCAUGUUUUUCUCCAUUAAUAAGUGUUGUGUCUCUAUGUAUACCUAUGUUUUGAGUUUAAAGUAUUGUAAUUUGUGUCUUGAUUAUGUAUGUAAUCCAUUUUGAAGUAUUGUAAUUUGUGUCUUGAUUAUGUAUGUAAUCCUCCAUAUUCCAAUAAUAAAACCGAAGUGCUUCAUUGUUUU